AUGCAACUAAACGAUGAUUCUCCCAACUUGGUCCAGCGGUUUCUGCUGGUGCUCUUCUACUAUCAGACCACACGGAACAAGCCAUGGAAAGAGUGCAACCCAGCAGCAAGUCCCCACGGGAGUGCAACUGCCAAUUUUUGCUACAGGCCAGAUUAUGUACCCGGUGAAGCUACAUCACUUGUAUGGGGUGAUCAGUGGCUCUCUACCAGUCACGAAUGCAAGUGGGCAGGAAUUAUCUGUGAAACUGUGCAAUCAGAGGAGAGGACAGUGGUUGAGCUGCGUCUUUAUUGGAAUGAUCUUAAUGGCCCUCUUCCCUGGGAGAUCACAAGAUUGCCACUGCUAAGAUUUCUACGGCUCAACAACAACAUGCUGACUGGAGCACUGCCAACAGGACUCUUUUCCAAAAAGGCAGGUGUUGCCCUGGAAUCUCUUGCUUUGUACUCGAAUCAAUUUUCUGGCACUAUUCCUGCAGAAUGGGUUGCAAACCUUCUUGAAGGAAGUGGCAAACUUGUCAAUAUUCAUCUGAAUCGAAACACAUUGACCGGGAAAAUUCCAUCAGAGUUGGGUCUACUUGCUAUCAAAACUCUUUCACUUGCAAACAACAAACUUACAGGUUCUAUUCCACAAGAAAUAUUCAACCAAACUCCACUUGAAUCCCUUUACUUGAGAAAAAAUGACCUCACUGGGACACUGCCAAGCGAAGUUGGACUGCUCACUGAUUUGAAAUACCUGAACUUGAAUUACACGCAGAUUUCUGGUUCCUUGCCCUCAGAGAUUGGCCUGUUAAACCAGCUUGAGGAACUCAUACUCUCUAACACUAACAUGCAAGGGACAAUUCCUGAAGAACUCUGCACGGGACUUGACAAUCUCUGGUUCUUUGGCUUGGAUGGUUGCAACUUUACUGGGACCAUCAGCUCAUCAGUUGGCAUUGACACUAAUAAGGGAGCUUCUGGUGAAUGGGAAUGA